GAGUCUGGUUAGUGUUCGUGCUCUAGAAUAAGGGAGUCUGAUGGGGAGGAAGUAGAAGAUGGGAGGAGGCAAUAUCGACGAUAUAGCUUCACAAGAGGAAAGUGGCAGCGGCCAGCCUGCAGAAAUAGCCCCUCAUUCUGUUUGAAACUUUUGGUACGAAACCAAGAAACCAUAGUUUUAUACACGCCUAUUGGCCGGAGAAGCUAUAUCUCAAAUUCAUCAAUGGUGGAAGACUCAAGAAGGUUAUCGUCGAAACGGGUCAAACAAGGGUGGGCCGUUGUCAGGCUGGUGUUGGUGCCCGAGGCUCUGGGGUUUCUCGUAACUGGCCGUGGACCCCUGCCGGGAUCCGACUGGGCCCUGUUUGUGCGUGAGUGCAGGUGGUGGUGCCGGGGCAAGCCACCAACGUCAUCUGGGCAGGUCAGACGCCGUGUGGGUCAGCCGGCCCUGGCUGGGCUGUGGAUGGGAGAGAGGGAAAAGAAGAACGAACAAUCGGCAUUGUUGGCAAAAGAGGGGACUCGACUCGAGAGGACCAGACCACCGACAAGGGCCAGCCCAGAUCUAUGUACGUUAGACAGGGACAACCUGGCGAUUCAGGGCUGCCCCUUGGUUCGUACUGGCACCGGCCUUGGUUCUUGUCGAGGCUUCGCUGCCCGCCCGCCUCACCUGCCCGACCAGCCCCUCGCACCACCACAGCCGAUGCCUGAGUGACGAUGUGUUUCCAUGGCCAUUAUGGCUGAGGGCCAUGUGGAGGUCGGGCAGCUGGAUGCAGAACGCGAGCAGAGCAUAUAACUGGGGGCAGCUGACCCUCUGUCUGUCGUGUUGUUGUUGCCUGUGACUCUGUUCUGCAUCCCAACUUUGACCCUGGACUGCCCUGCUGCCUCAUCCUCU